AUUUCUAGGGCUUUUUCAAAUCUGAUCGAAUCUUCCUCCUUCUCAUCUUCUCAAAUCUCAACAGAGUUUUUAUACGAAAUCAAUCCACCUUCAUUCCAAUCUUUUCCUCCACCCAAACAUGCCUCAGAGACACUCGAAGAACAAUAACGAUCUCGCCUUUUUCACCUACGACGAGAAGCGAAAGCUCGGAUAUGGAACGCAGAAGGAGCGGCUCGGCAAGGACUCCAUCAAGCCCUUCGACGUUUGCUGUCUCUGUUUGAAGCCAUUCAUCGACCCUUUGUGCUGCCAAAAAGGUCACGUCUUCUGCAAAGAGUGCAUACUCGAAUGCAUCUUGGCCCAGAAGAAAGACAUUCAAAGAAAGUCUGCAGCACAUGCUGCUCAGCAGAAGCAAGAAAACGAAGAGGCGGAAGAGAGACUGAUGCUGCAGAAGGCUAGGGAGAUUGAUGCUUUUGAUCAACAAAACCAUGGUGCGGUGCCCCAGUAUAACGAUAAAAGCUACAGCGUAGACAAGAAUGGAUUUCACGGGGCUAACAGUGUGAAGGCGACUUCCUACGAGGAGGAGGCACUACGGACAAUGAAAGCGUUUUGGCUGCCUUCUGCCACGCCUGAAGCUCCGGUAAAAGUUGAUGCCCCAUCCACGAGCACGGUUUGUCCCGAAGGAAAAGAGAAGCUCAAGCUGAAAAACCUGUUCUCUAUACACUUCACAGAGGAUACCAGUGAGCAGAAGAAAACCAGCUCUCUCGACAAGUCCUACAUCUGUCCAAGCUGUAAGGUCACUCUAACCAACACUCUGGCUCUCGUAGCCAUAAAUACAUGCGGCCACGUCUUCUGCAAAAAGUGUGCGAACAAAUUUGUUGUAGCGGACAAGGUCUGUUUGGUGUGUGACAGGCCGUGUAAAGACAGGAAUGUAGUGAACCUGGAGAAAGGAGGAACUGGGUUUGCUGCUCAUGGAGAUAAUCUUGAAGCAAAGGACUUCAAGCAUUUGGGAAGCGGAUCUGGAUUAGGCCUAGUGAGGCCUGCAAUGAAGACUUGAUACUACAGUAUGGUGGUGUUGCCAUUGUUAAAAUUAGAGCUCCCUUUUGGCUUUUGCUGUAACAUAAGUUUAUGUGUUUCAAGAUAUAUUCAUACCAACUACGAAUUCUUGCGUUUCCAGAUGUUAAUGCAUUUGCCUGUUCAAUUUGUGAUGCCAUUUUUGACUGUUGAAA